CAGUAGCUUACACUUUACUUCCAUCACUAUAAUCCUUAUUUAUAAUGUCUAAAUUAAGAAUAAAAUAAUAUGUUAAAAAAUAAAAGUAGUAAAAUACAAGUCCUCGUAAAGUUAAUGAAGUGCUUUAUCAAAAUUCUAUAGCAAUUUUACUCUGAAAAACUAGUUUUAUAAACAAAAACUACAAAGAAUUAAUAUCUAUUUUUAAAUCAAUUUACACGUUAUUUUAAAUCAUUUUUUAUUUCUAACUACAUAUAAAAUAACGGUCAAUAUUAGUGCGUAAAAAGUGCAUCGAACUAAUGAACAAUUUCAAAUAAAAUGGAUGCAAGAAAAACUACUGAAAAUCCAAAUCCUAGAGAAAAAGCGUCUUGUAUAUCAGUUUUAUUAUGGUGGUGGACAGUACAUCUUUUCAAGAAAGGAUAUACAAAAGUAUUAGGAACCGAAGAUUUAUUCGAUCCAUUAAAAACAGAUAAAUCAUCUCUUCUUGGGGACAGACUAGAAAAUCAAUGGAAAAUAGAAGUAGAAAAUGCGAGAAAACAUAAGAAGAAAGUAAGUUUAUUGAAAACAAUUUUUCGAACUUUUUUGUGGGAAUAUUCUCUUCUUGGUAUACUUCAAAUAUUUAAUGAAUUUGUCAUAAGAUUAGGAACACCUCUCUUGUUAGGUGGUUUGCUACAAUAUUUCAAACCAAAUUCAGAUGUUUCUUACCAAACGGCACUUAUGUUUGCUGGAGGAAUUAGUCUUGCAUCUGCUAUAAAUGUGAUUACCUUAAAUCAAUCUUUAUAUGGUGCUUUCCAUAUUGGCGGCAGGGUACGAGUUGCUGUUUGCUCACUUGUUUAUAGAAAGGCCUUGAAACUUAGUAAGACUGCCUUGGGAGAAACGGCUCCAGGGAAAAUAGUGAAUUUAGUCGCAAACGAUGUCAGCAGAUUUGAUCUCCUUUCGAUUGUGAUCCAUUAUAUGUGGUCAGCACCUCUUUCAGCUUUAAUUAUUGGAUAUUUUUUAUACAUUCAAGCUGGAUAUGCUGGGCUUAUUGGAAUUGCUGUUGUUUUUGUUGUCGUGCCAAUACAAUCAUACACUGGUAAGCUAGCAUCGAUUUAUAGACUCCAGACUGCAAUCAAAACGGACGAGAGAGUGCGACUCAUGGACGAAAUAAUUGCCGGAGUUCAAGUCAUUAAAAUGUACGCUUGGGAGAAGCCAUUCUGCGCUUUAGUGGAAAAUGCACGCAAACUGGAGCUCAAGAUAGUUACAAAAAGCUCCUACAUCAGAGGAAUAUACAUGACUUUCAAUGUUUUCACAACUAGAAUGGCUUUAUUUUCGACUUUACUGACAAUGCUUUUAUAUAAAGAACCAUUAACAGCGGACAAGGUUUUUGUUUUCUCAUCAUAUUUUGCAGUUCUUGCUCAGACAAUGUCUGGUCUGUUUGUGCGAGGAGUCGCCGAAAUUGCAGAAUGUUUGGUGGCUAUUCAAAGAUUGCAAAACUUCAUGAUGUACGAAGAAUUCCAAGAAAUGAAUCCUAGCUUAUAUCAGUCUUAUAAUACCAACGAUCCUCUUAAAAACAAUAAGAAUUCUGUUGAAGACGUGAUAGAUGAAUCUCCAGAGACAUGGGGAGUCAAACUGGAUAAUGUGACAGCAAAAUGGGAGCCUGGUCAAUCGGAGAACACCUUAGAAAAGAUUAAUCUGGAAAUUGAGGCUGGAAAAUUGUACAUGGUAAUUGGAAUGGUUGGAGCUGGCAAGAGUUCAUUGCUGUCUGCAAUUUUAAAAGAAAUUGCACUUACAGAGGGAAGUAUUAGAGUCAAGGGCGGUUUGAGUUAUGCAGGUCAGGAAUCCUGGGUUUUCGGAUCAUCCGUCAGACAGAAUAUUCUCUUCGGCCAAGCCUACGACAGACAAAGGUACCAGAGAGUCGUCAAAGCGUGCGCUCUCCUCAGAGACUUCAAACAGUUUCCUCAAGGAGACCAGACCGUUGUUGGCGACAGGGGAAGUUCCUUGUCGGGAGGGCAAAAGGCCAGAAUCAACUUGGCGAGGGCUGUCUAUAGGCAGGCCGACAUUUACCUCUUCGACGAUCCUCUCAGUGCGGUGGACGCUCACGUGGGGAAGCAUUUAUUUGAAGAGUGUAUGAAACACUAUUUGUCCGGUAAAACUCGAAUUCUCGCAACACAUCAGCUUCAGUAUAUUAAAGGAGUCGAUGCAAUUAUUCUUCUCGAUCAAGGAAAGAUGCAAUUUUAUAAAAAUUAUCAGCAACUUCUGCAAAGUCAUCCUGAAUAUAUGCCUCUUAUUGCGGCGGAAAGUAAUCCUAAUAAUAAGGAAGAUUCAUUCAAAGAAAAGAAUGCAAUGCGAAGACAAAUUUCUACUAUAAGUAACAGAAGUAAAUCGUCAGAACCUGGUGCUGAAAUAGAUGUUGAAGAAGAACAAAAUCAUGCAAAUAUUGAUGGAUUAAUAGAAGGAACUUCAAGAGGAACUAUAAAGGGAUCAAUUUUCCUAAAUUAUUUUCGAACUGGAGCUAAUUUAUUUUUUGCUUUUCUCGUGCUUAUUCUAUUUAUUCUGACUCAAUUCGCAGCCAGUCUAAAUGACCUUUAUGUCCCUUUUCUAAUUACUGCGGAAGAAUCAAGAUUAUUAGCAGCUGCAAAUAUAACACGAAAUCAAACGGAUGAGGGACUUUUUAAAGUUCAGCCAUGGUCACAGGAAGUUUACAUUUACGUUUACAGUGGAAUAGUUAUUUCAGUAUUCUUGAUCGCAAUUACGAGAUCUUUUGCAUUUUGCGCUUUGUGUAUGAGAGCGAGUCAACGUUUGCACGACAUGGCAUUUAGUGCGUUGAUUAGAGCAAGAAUAAGAUUUUUUGAUACAAAUUCAAGUGGUCGAAUUCUUAAUAGAUUUUCAAAAGACAUUGGAGGAAUCGAUGAAUUACUCCCAAAAACUCUCUUAGAUGCUGGACAAAUAAACAUGAUGAUGAUGGGAACUCUGAUUGUCACUUGUAUUGUAAACUAUUACUAUAUCAUUCCAAUUGUCUUACUUGGUGUGGUAUUCUACUGGAUUCGAAAAGUAUAUCUGAAGACAAGUAAAAAUGUCAAGCGUCUGGAGGGAAUGACACGUUCACCGGUAUUUACCCAUCUGAACGCAACCCUCAAUGGACUAACGACGAUCAGAGCUUUUGAAGCGCAAGAAAUUUUGAAAUAUGAAUUCGACAAAUUCCAAGAUUUGCAUACUUCUUCGUGGUAUAUAUUUAUCGUGACAAGUUCUGCAUUUGGAUUUUGCUUGGAUAUUUGUGCUUUUAUAUUUACGUCUCUGGUGACAUUCACUUUUCUUCUUAGCAGUGAUUCAUCGACAGAAAAUGGAGGAAAAGUGGGUCUGGCUAUUACACAAGUCAUGUCGCUAACAGGAAUGAUUCAAUGGGGAAUGCGUCAGAGUGCAGAAGUAGCAAAUCAAUUUAUGGCAGUCGAAAGAGUUUUAGAGUAUGCCGAACUUCCUCCAGAACCUAAUUUACAGGACAAGGGAGUAAUAUUCAAGAAGAAGCAAAGAAAGAUUGAGUCUUUUGUAACACCUCCGAAAAAUUGGCCAACUCAGGGUUCUAUUAGAUUCCGGAAUAUGUUCUUGAGAUAUUCUGAUGACGAUCCUCCUGUUUUGAAAGACUUCAAUAUCGCCAUUCACUCAACUGAAAAGGUGGGAGUGGUUGGGAGAACCGGUGCUGGAAAAUCGUCUUUAAUCGCGGCUCUCUUUCGUCUCGCCAAAAUCGAUGGAGUCAUUGAAAUCGACAAUAUAGACACGGGAACCGUUUGUCUGGAAGAUCUUCGACGUCAAAUUUCCAUCAUUCCACAGGAUCCUGUUCUAUUCUCUGGAACAAUCAGAAGAAAUCUGGAUCCCUUUAACGAAUUUCCCGACAGACUACUGUGGGAGGUUCUCGAAGAGGUGGAACUGAAAGAAGCGAUUGCAGCCGUCAAUGGAUUGGACAGUCGAGUGUCCGACAGAGGAAGUAAUUUCAGUGUUGGACAACGCCAGUUGAUUUGCCUCGCGAGAGCCAUUUUGAGGAACAAUCGGAUUCUAAUGUUGGACGAAGCCACAGCAAAUGUGGAUCCACAAACCGAUGCUCUGAUUCAAAGAACCAUAAGAACUAAAUUCGCUGCUUGCACUGUACUCACUGUUGCUCAUCGAUUGAAUACAAUUAUGGACAGUGACAAAGUUUUAGUCAUGGACAAAGGAAAAAUGGUGGAAUUCGAUCAUCCGCACAUUCUUCUUCAAAACCAAAAUGGUGAAUUUACUUCCUUAGUUAGAGAAACAGGACAAGCUAUGUUUGAGCAAUUGUCAAAAGUUGCUGAACAAGCAUACUUAGCAAAACGCGAGGACAAACCGUCAGAUUUUAUUUAGUACUUCUGCCGUUUAAGGGUAUGUGGGCAAAGGGCCUUUUUUUGUGGUUUGAAACUUUCUCUGAAAUAAAAAAUGAUUUCUGGUUAAAAUUUUGGAAAAAUGAUUUUGUUUGGUACAAGGAAUCUCGCUGUUCUACUCAUUUACUAUAAUGUGACGCAAAAAUAAUAAAAAUAAAGCAAUAAAUAGUAAAAUAAUGUAUUAUAUCGUAGUUCAUUCAGCAGCCACUUGCUCGAAUUGGCGCUGUUUACUGGAGCACUGACACACUCAAGAAACGUCUGUGUAUGCGCCGCCAUGUUUCUUUUCAUUUUCGUUUAAAAAUCUCACUUUUUAAACUUCAUUUUUUAAUAAUUCAACCGAAAAUUAUGUAUUUUUCGGAGAACCGCGAGAUUUCUUGUACCCUAAUCUAUCAUCCCUCAAAAUUGGAGACAAAAAUCUUUUCCCAUUUUAGAGUGAAAUGUAUACUAUCAAAACACAUUUUCCCAUACUAGGUCACGUGGGAGGUUCCCACAUACCCUUAAUUGUAUUUGUUAAUUAGUUAGUAAUAAUAAAAAAAUUUUUUUCAUGAAA